GAAACCAUGAGUUCCUUGGUUAUAAAUGCAGUGGAAGAUGGCAAGAAUGCAGGAUUUGACAUAAUCCAAAAUCGCAUAGAGUCACUGAGCAGCAAGAUGGACAAGCUCAUCAACAUUCAGGAAAAGGUCCUCAGCCGACUAGAUGGGAUGUCUCAUGACAUUGAUGACAUUGAGAAGGAUAUGGAGAAUUUGAAGGUUGACAAGGAGGAGAUCCAUUUCCCGCCCAGGGUAAUGAAUCAGACCCAAAUGAUGGGGCGAGAGGUGAGGCAGAUUUGCCAGGAGAUGAGCUCCAUAAUGUCGGUGGUGAACCAACGGUCCGAGCAGCAGGCGCAGAAGUUGGAAGGAAUGGAAAAAUUGGUCCUUAGCAUGCAACAGGUGAUCAGCUUCAUUGGGGAGACGGUGAAGCAUUCAAAGGUAAUGGAGCUGAUGUUCAAAGGCCCAGCAGCUCGGAAAGGCUCCAGAUCUAAAGACAGUAAAGGAAAGCAAGCUAUAAAGAGGAAAUCAUCUUCAGAUACAAUAUCCAAAAAGCCUGACGAGAAAAAUACUUCUAACAAAGGCAAUAAAGGGAAACAAGAGAUAACUCCUGCAUGUGAGCCCAGUACUCCACAGUCUUCUCCCAAGAUAAAGCUUCAUGGACCAAAGCAUUUCCUCGCCUCUCGCAAAUGUGGAAACUUUUUGAAAGACCACAAAGGCAAAGAUGGGACAGAUAAGCCCUGUUUGAGCCCUAAGGGUCUGAAAGCACAAAAGAAGAUGAAGCCUCCAGAUACAGCAGAACAUCUCUCACUGAAGAAGCAGAUUUUACUCCUUGAAGAGGUCCAGAAACUCAACAGGGAGAAUGCAGAGAAAUCAGGUCACCAGAUCACCCCUGAUGAUCUGGAUCUAGAGGCUGGAAUGCCCCCUAAAGAUCAACAGCCUGAUGCCUCUGCUGGCAGCUUGGUGGACUACCUGGACGAAGACUCCCAAGUGGAUGUUGCAGUGAAACGUGAGGAGAAGGUAGGAGAGAAGGUGCCUGGAGAAGUUACAGAGAAGAAACCCAAGCCUGAUGUGGGGGAUCUAGGGAAACAAAAAGAAAAAGAAAAGUUUGAAGUCCAAGAGGACAAAGAGGAAAAGUGUGCUUCUUCAACUCAAGAAGUCCCAGGGCUGUCCACUUCUCCUGACAAUGAGAAAGAUAAAACUCCUAUAAGGUACAGAGAUGACGACAAAGGUACCGCACCGUCUCCAGAGGCUGAACAGGUCCAGAUAUCAGAGCUGGUGGAAGAGAAGGAGGAAGAGAAGAUAGAAAACAACAAGGAGAAUGAACAGAAGCUUGAGCCAGAGGACCUAGGCAUCUUCAGGGCAGAUGGAAUUGAACUCCAGCUGAACUUAAAACAAAAGGUGGAGAGGGAGGGAGAAGAAAAUGAUGCAGAAAAAGAGGAUGAUGAUGAUCCUGAGCAGUACUUUAUUGACACCGCUCCUCCUCCGAUGGCUCCUUUUAAUCACCGCAUUGUGUCGGCCAAGCCCAACUUGAUCACAAACUUCUACACCAUCAACUGGCAGGAGAUCCUGGGCGGGGGUCGUUUCGGCCAGGUGCAUAAAUGUAUCGAGAAUUCAUCUGGUCUCACUUUGGCAGCGAAAGUCAUCAAAGCCAGGAGUCAGAAAGAAAGGGAGGUGGUGAAGAAUGAGAUCCAAGUCAUGAAUAAUCUCGACCAUGCCAACCUGAUCAAGCUCUAUGCAGCCUAUGAGUCAAGGAAUGACAUCAUCCUUGUACUUGAAUAUGUUGCUGGAGGCGAGCUGUUUGACAGGAUUAUUGAUGAAAACUACACUUUGAUGGAGCUGGAUGCUGUGCUGUUUAUCAGGCAGAUCUGUGAGGGCCUGCAGCACAUGCACAAAAUGUCCAUCCUUCAUCUUGACUUGAAGCCAGAGAACAUCCUGUGUGUGAGCAGAGUCACAAAUAAGGUCAAGAUUAUUGACUUCGGUCUUGCCAGGAUAUAUAAACCAAGGGAGAAACUACGAGUUAAUUUUGGGACUCCAGAGUUUCUCGCUCCUGAAGUCAUCAACUACGACUUUGUGUCCUUCAACACAGACAUGUGGAGUCUUGGUGUAAUUACAUACAUGCUUCUGAGCGGACUGUGCCCCUUCCUCGGCGAUGAUGACAAUGAGACUCUGAAUAACAUCUUGGGCUGUCAGUGGAACUUUGAGGAACAAGAGUUUGAAGCUACAUCAGAAGAAGCCAAAGACUUCAUCACCAGACUCCUAAUUGUAAAUAAAAGUUGGAGGAUGGGGGCAUGCGAAGCUUUAAGGCAUCCCUGGCUUGCUGACCCUGUCCUUCAUCACCGUCUUCACACAAAGAAAACUAUGUGCAGAUCACGGAGAUCAUCAUGUGUGCCCAAUACUGAAAGCUGAGGGCACAACAGUGAUGUGAUGGCUCCAACUGUGGCCACUUGGACCAACCCUUUUGUCUGUGUAAAUCACCUAAAUUUCAGUCAGUGCACUCAUGCCACUGACUGAAAAUCUGUAAACACAACAAACCUCUUCCUGACACGUGAUCCACUGUGUUGCGUUAAUGUAAGCAAUACACUGAUGAAAUAUACGAAGGAAAACAGCUCAGUUUAGAAUUAAGAGUUGCAUGUGCAUUAUACUUUUCUUUCAUUAAAUGCCUAUAAUGAUGUAAAACUAGAAAAACAGGAAAAACAGGGUAAACAAGACAGAUCAUCAUAUAAUCAAUCCAGUAGAGCUGCUAUUCAAUAGGCUCUUACUAUGC